AUGGAGCGGACGCGGGGGCUGAACUGUUCAUUGGGGCUCAGCGGCACAUGCAAAGAAGAUGUCGACCCGCGUAACGCGUGGCAGCGGACGGUGGAGGCGAACCAAAAGAUGCUGGACAUCGUGAGGGGACGUGAAACCCGCUCGAGUGCCGCCGCGGAGUUAUUUCGUAGCCGCUACUUUGCGUUGCUGCAUGAGUUGGCGGCGGAGGAGGAGGAGGUGAAGGCGUUGAAUGCCCGUAGCAGAGAUCUUGUCGCUGCGCUACGGGAUGCGCAGUUGCACGGCUGCGGCCAGGGACAACGGAUCGACAAAAUACAUAAAAUUAGUGCCGUGACGCCUACUGCCGGCGAGGACACGAAUGCGAUUUACAAGCAACUACUCCAGCGGCUUACGCACACCAGCCGACUGCGGGAUGAAUUGCGUGAUGAGGUACAGCGUCUGCAGUCGACAUGCAAAGAAGCACUUCACGAGCGAGCCGCAUUGAUGCAGUCGGUAGAUGCACAGCGGGAGGCGCUCGAGCCUCUUCUAAAGGAAGCGGACGACGUCGCCCGUUCUGUGGAGAUGGUGCGGGCCACGCUGCGUACAUAUGGCAGCCAUAAGGAUGAUAAGGAAAGGGAGAAAGCCGCAAGCCUCAGUUUGGCAGAUCUCCUGCAUGGUGUGGACGCGUGGUCCUUUGAGGAAAAACGUGCGAUGCGACGCGUCACCGCACUUUUGAGCAGCUGCAUUGGCGUAGAGGACGAUUGCAUCAAAACGGCAGAUUGUGGGAGGCUGCGGAGUGUAGAGGAGGCGGUUCGUUUUUACCAAACAUGGAACGACGCCCUGAUGCGAUCCCUUGGCGACUUUUCACGCGAGAUGAAUGGAAGACGGGAGGGGCUUUACGCACGCAUCGAUGAGUUGAAGCGAUUCAGGACGACCCAACAAAUGAAUGGGGCCGAAGGCAAUUGA